AUGCCUCGUGUCACAGGCGAACCGACCUCAGGGGCUCUCUACUCUCCCGGACCUGCGUCUAGCACAGAGGACCUAGAACUAGCAGAGCUUGGGGAAGAAAUUCCCCAGAAGCACACCUUGCUCAAGCUUUCAGGCUUGCUCCUGCUCACCUCAAAGCCCUACUUGAUCUCGCUAGGCAUUCCUAAAUCCAUUAUAUCCUUGGUAUGGGUCACCGGUCCUAUAUCUGGCGCCUUUGCGCAGCCUAUUCUCGGUGUGUUCAGCGACGAUUCACAACACGCCUGGGGUAGAAGGAAGCCAUUCAUCGUAGGAGGUUCGCUAUGCGCAACUAUCUUUCUGCUAGCAUUGGCGUACUCAGAGGAACUCACAGCUUGGGCAUGGAGUUCCAGUGUUGAUCGUUCCGCCAGCUCGGCGCACCUACCGACGCAGAUUCUUGCAGUCUUCUCAGUCGUUGUCACUACUUUUGCACUGCAGGCAUACGCAGUCGGCGUCAGGGCUCUGAUAGUAGAUAACACCCCUCCCAGUCAACAGUCUGUCGCAGCCUCCUGGGCCAUGCGAUGGAACGUGCUAGGAAACGUGGUGCUCUCUUCUGUUGGCUUUGUGGAUGCCCAGUGGUCCUCGACUGAUGUAAACAGCGAUGACCGUUUCAAGUUACUCGCCGUUGUGGUUGCAGCUUGUACCUUCACGGCAGUCGGUCUCACGUGCUAUUUCAUUACUGACCAGAACGUCGCACCUUUGCGUGACCGCCAGCCCUCUUUUGCGCAACAGUCAUGGUCCAUAAUCUCACCGACAGGGCUAGCCAAACGGUGGAAACAAAUCCCUCCACGCAGCCGCCGGGUUUGCGAGAUCCAAUUCUGGGCGUGGGCAGGAUGGUUUCCUGUUUUAUACUACAUGUCAACGUUCGCUUAUGAGACAGCCCUUUCUGACAAACUCGAGCAAAGGCAAAGGCAGUUUGGGGAACCAGAUCUAGAACUCAUCGAAAGUGCAAAGGACUUUGGUUUCUUUGCCUCUUUUGCUUUCGCAUUAGGAGCAUUCGCUGCGAGUAUUUCGCUUCAGAUACUUGACCGCUACAAGCCGGCCUUCUCUCGCAACCUCCCCAGAGUCUGGUUUGCAUCGCAGUGCUUCUUGGGAUACUGCAUGCAUCUCACCUUUGUCGCACGCAGCGGAACCACGGCGGCCAUCGUUGUCGCCAUGAUGGGAUCCACGGCUGCCGUAACGAUGUGGGCUCCAUUUGCCUUGAUCAGCGCAGAGAUCUCUGAGCUAUCCGUUGGAACGCAGGACAGCGAGGUUGCAUGGAUCCUAGGACUGCACAACAUGGCGAUAUCCCUCCCUCAGAUUGGCUCAACUCUAGUUUGCGCAGUCAUCUUGGCAGUUCUAAAGGUUCUCGGGGUCGAGGACAGUGUGGCCUGGAUCUUUCGGCUAUCCAGCAUUGCUGGCUGA